AUGGAUCAACAAAAUGGUGUUGGCAGUGGGAGAGAUCAGGAGCAGGCGCUGAUUGAGUUGAGUGGCGCUGCCAAUAAUGACAAUCAUAUUAUAGACACUGAGGAACUCCUGGGGGCGCCACCGUACUACUGCUACGUCAACUCCCUCUCCACCCGCGAAAUGGAGUCUCUCACUGCCAUCUGCGAUACCUUACUCCCAUCCCUGCCUGUCUCAAAUCAUGUUCAUCAUCAUCAUCAUCAUCAUCAUGAUGCAGUUGCAACUUUUUAUCAGUCUUCAGCUUCCAUGUCUGAUACUCCACAGCGUAUAGGAGGAUUGGUGAGCGAGAGAGUGGAACAUCCCAAGAAAUGGUUGAUAAGAUUAGCACUGUGGCUGUUGUCAACAGGCCUAGGAACCUUCGUACUGUGCGGAAGGAGAAGCCUUUCAACCAAAUUUCCCUUCUUUCAUGCUUUCUCUCACUUGUCUCCACAGAAAAGACAAGACAUUUUGAUUUCCUGGUCUCUUAGUUUUUUCUUUCACCUUAGAAUGCUCUUCAAGGCUGUGAAGCUUCUCACACUUCUAGUCUUCUUCUCCCAGGUAGAUGACAAGAAUGAAAACUUGACAUGGAAAGCAAUAGGCUACUGCGGAGCUGACCCUGAGUUCAAGCCACAUGCCUGCAGUCCUUUCAAAACAUCAAAAUUACAAAACUUUAUCUCUAAGGAACAAGAGUACGAAGAAGACGGUGAAGGUGCGAAAGAAGAGCGUUUUGGUCCCCUCUAUAGACAUCUUAUUAACCUAAAACACCCACGAGACAUUGUCGCGGAUAACCUAGGACGAUUUGGAUUCCCGGUCUCUGUUCCUCCUAAGAAGAUCAAGACUGCAGCCAACUCAUCCCGUCCUUUAAUCAUCAAAUCUGAUGCAGUAGUAGUUGGUUCCGGCUCUGGAGGCGGUGUUGUUGCCGGUGUUCUUGCAAAGGCUGGUUACAAAGUGAUUGUUUUAGAGAAAGGGAACUACUGCACCCGAAGCAAUCUUUCACUUCUUGAAGGGCCAAGUAUGGAUCAAAUGUACCUGGGUGGUGGUUUGUUGGCAACUAAUGACAUGGGAGUUGUGAUACUUGCAGGCUCUACUGUUGGUGGAGGCUCUACAAUCAAUUGGUCAGCUUCAAUUAAAACCCCACAGCAUGUAAUCAACGAAUGGUGUGACCGCUAUGAGCUAGAGUUAUUUGACAGCAAAUUGUACAAAGAAGCCAUGGAUGUGGUGUGCGACAAAAUGGGAGUUCAGUCUGAAAUUCUUGAAGAAGGAUUCAACAAUGCAGUUUUGAGAAAGGGGUGUGAAGAACUGGGGUAUCCCGUAAAUGACAUCCCUAGAAAUUCCCCGCCUGAUCAUUACUGUGGUUGGUGUUGUAUGGGCUGCAAAGAUGGGAGAAAGAAGGGUACUUCAGAGACGUGGCUGGUGGACUUGGUAAAUUCAGGAAAUGGUGUGAUUCUUCCUGGAUGUGAGGCCAUUAAAGUUUUACACAAAAGAAGGAAAGGAAGCGACCGAAAAACAGCAACUGGGGUUGCUUUCCAGUUUGAGUACGAAGGGCACAAAGAUAUCUGCAUUGUGGAGUCUAAGGUGACCAUAAUUGCUUGUGGGGCUCUCAGUACUCCACAUUUGUUGAAAAGAAGUGGUUUGAAGAGUGAGAACAUUGGGAAAAACUUGCAUCUCCAUCCAGUGGCAAUGGCCUGGGGAUACUUUCCUGAUGAACCUUUGUCCGGUUGUUGGCCAGAGAAAGAGAAGAAGAGUUAUGAAGGAGGAAUCAUGACAGCAAUGUCUACUGUUGUUGCAAAUAUGGACAAGUCCGGAUAUGGAGCAGUACUGCAGACACCAGCAUUGCACCCUGGUAUGUUCUCAACUUUAAUGCCCUGGCUUUCUGGUGCAGACAUAAAAAGGAGAAUGCUCAGGUUCUCUAGGACAGCUCAUAUAUUUGCAUUGGCAAGGGAUAAAGGGUCAGGAAACGUGUAUUCACCAAAUUCAAUUAGUUAUCAGAUGGAAACUACCGAUGAAGAGAAUCUAAAGAAAGGAUUAGACAAAAUUUUAAGGAUCCUGGCAGCAGCUGGAGCUGAAGAGAUUGGAACACAUCACUGUAAAGGGAAGAGCAUAAAUGUAAGGAAAGUAAGCUCACAUGAGUUUGAGAGGUUUAUCAAGGAGGAGAGUUCGAGGUCACUAAGAAACUUAAAUACACAAAUAUGUUCAGCUCAUCAGAUGGGUAGCUGCCGCAUGGGGAUUGAUCCAAAACUAUCAGUAGUGAACCAGAUGGGGGAAACAUGGGAGGUAGAAGAACUUUUUAUUGCAGAUUCAAGUGUUUUUCCAACAGCUUUAGGUGUCAAUCCAAUGGUUACGGUUCAGGCUAUAGCAUACUGUACUGCACAAUCGGUUCUUGACGUUCUGAAGAGGAAGAAACUGAAUCGGCUGUCUCAAUCAUUGGGACGCCAGACUGUACCUCCACCUCCCUGAAGUGAAAUAUACAUGAGGAAAAUUAAGCUUGGGUGCUUCGGGAUUGAAUUAAGGGCUUAAGACUCUGCAGCAUAUAUGUGCGUGUGUCUGUAUAUAUAU